AUGAGCGUUUGUUUAACAGUCACAAAAAGUAUCGCCUUGGUUUCUGCAGGAUUGAACUCCGGACUCUGUUUUGGCGGAGUGUUUCAACCAAAGGAUGCCGUUAGUGGUAAGGCCAUUAACAUUAACACUACUGGUCGUGAGAUAGCUAUUGGACUUCUAAGUUCGUUAUCGGCAGCCUUUUAUGGGGCCAGUUACUUUGGUGCUCCCACACAGUGGAAGCACCCUUACCUACUCUACGCUGGUGCGCUAGCAUUCGUAUCUGUCGGUGCCACUGCCGUGAAGCUUGCCAAGCGUGCGAUCUGCCACCCACGUGACAAUCACGCGACUCCAUCCGCUUCCUCUGGCAACGAGAAGCAAGCGUCGACGGAUGAUGCUGCAGACGCUAUUUCCUCCAACGACCAUGAUUCGCAAGAGGAUUCGGUUGUGUUGGUCUCGGAGUCGAGCAACCACAGUGCAGGCGAAGAACAACAGCACAAAUCCGAUGGAAAUGCUGAUACUGAAGCUCUAUUACCAAGCAAGACACAGUCAGAACCUUUGAAAAAGAAAUCCAAGUGCUGUUGUUCUCCUCUGGCUCCAUUCACAUCAGAUUGCGUACUAGAUGUCGUGCGCACGGUGUCAUCCGUUGGCCUACUACUACUCGGUACUAUUGGUGGUCUAGGGGAACCUUUAGCCUUGUUGUGA